AAUUGAGUCAGUCGAGAUGUGGACACGUGAGCUGUAAGAGCGAAAUCGAAAAGAACGGAGCGCAGUCGAACAUUGGUAACGCGCCGUGAGUGAGUUCAGUGAGUUUCUGACAGUUUUCAGGUGCAUAACAGUGACUACAGCAACUAAACAAAUACGGACAAAAGCACAAAAGCAGUGGCAAGGAAAGUGAAAGUGUUUAGUAAUGGCAAAUGGCAAUGAAGUGUUGCAAAAUUAAUAAAGCAGUAGUAUUGAAAAAACGCGCAUGUGUGUGUGCUGUUCAGUGUUAAAUACAUAGAUAACUGUGCACGGCAAAGUGAAAGUAAAAGCAACUCAAUACAGGAAGCCAGAAAAAGUAGCUUAGCACAAGGCUAACUGAAAUUUCAGAAAAAUUAAAUACAAGAAAACGGAAAAAAAUCGUUCUCCCUUGCCCUGCACGCCAGAAACUCGCUUCGCAGCAUGCUCAAGUGUCCGUUCGUUUCCUUACUGUCAAAUUCGGGUGUUACUACGUCAGGGUCCGUGCCCGCGUAUGCUUGUGAAAGUGUGUGUGUGUGCUUGCGUGUCAAGUAAAAUCAAUGAAAGCAAAAGUGAAAACGUGCUAUAGCUAACUGCAUCUCUUCACAUACAUAUAUGUGACGUGUGCACCAUCAAGUGAGCUGCCCCGAGGCUGCUGAGCAGGAUUCUUGACCAGUUGAUAGAGGUCCAUCGAAGAUCACACAUCAUCAGAACGGAAUUUUGUCAUUGCUCUGAGUGAUUUAGAGUCUCGGUCUGGACGAUUACAAAAACGAAAACUGAGUUAUGCAAUAAUGUCCAUAAAAUGGCGGCAGAGAUUCAAAAGCAAAAAGCCCUUAAAAUCCCAGGAACAACAACAAACGGAUAUGUACAACAAAAACACCAAAACAACCACUCAACCGCUCAGACAGAUGCUGAACAUUGCCGAAAGUCACAGUCACUGCCCCUUGGUCAGCAGUGAUAAAAAUAAAAGCAAUACAACCAAUAACAAAGAAAACUCGCCGCCUUCGAAGAACUGCCAGAGCACGAACGUGCAACAGCGAGACUGCAAUCAGCGCACAUGUGAGAAGCAACAUGCACUGCCACAAGAGCAGCAAUGUAAAUUGGAUGCUUCCAAGGAUUCCACAUACGCUCCGUGGAGCCACGCUGUCCUCGCUGCAAAUGCGCGCAAGAACGCCGCUGCCACUAUAAAACGUGCAACUUCCACAAAGCAAAGCAACCCAACAUACACAUACACAGAGGGGUCAAUUCAACCUAAAACAACUACAACUAAAAGCGCAGUUCCGAAAUCAAAAACAGCAGCGCUGAUGACGACGGCGAUGCGGGUGUUGAAGCUGGUGGCACACACAUACACAGCGACUCAAACUGCACGAAAAGCAACCACAACCGAUGGCAAUCACUUGAAAUGGCCGCAGCCCAGUUGCUUGCCGACUUUGUACAGCAGUCUGUUCGCUGGUUUUCGGUUACCAUCAACAUCAGUCGCACCAACAACAAUGAAAGCGAGUAGCGUUCAGACCAUUAGCGGAGGCGCAACAAUUACAAGAGCAAUCCUUAAAAACACUAACCACCCCACCACUGCCCGAGCCUUUGUGCCACUAUUGAUGUUGUGCUUCCUCUGCAUUUCCUCGGCAGCGACCACAACAACGGCAACAGCCACGUCUUCCACCUUCAACACAACCACUGCCAGAACAGAUGCAACAUCGCUGCCCUUGGCGCCCAUGGUGGCGGCAGUGAUGGCCACCGCCACCUCCAAGCCGGGGGCCAGUGGCGCGCAGCAGCAAUGCUCACUGUCCGAGUUUGCCUGCGCGAACAUGCGCUGCGUGCCGCUCAGCAAAUACUGCAACAACAUUAAUGACUGCGGCGACGGCAGCGACGAGCCACGCUUCUGCACACGUUGUAAUCGCACCUACUAUGGAGAUAUCGGCUUAACCUACUCUCUGGAGCUGUACCGACCCAAACAGGACCGACUACCGUACGUGUGUGUACUGACUUUUACUGCCGCAGGUGGCCAACAUGGCGACGUCGUUCAGGUAACACUUGAUAGCUUCACAAUCGGACGCUUCACCUCGUAUCUACAUGACGGUUGUCCGGAUGGUUACAUGCAAAUCGCCGAAUCGGCGCGCACUCCCAUCGGUGGCAUGUGGUGCGGCACAUCCUGGGGCCCAGUGCUAUUCUACAGCGAAACCAGAUCAUUGAUUUUCACAAUAAAAUUAAAUAAGCUGGCGCGGGACCAGAGCGGCUAUAAUUUCGACUUUCGCAUUAGAUACAAGGUUCUGUCGAAGGACAGUUCGGUGACGCGCUACGGCGGCAUCAAGCUCGAAGAACUUCAGCAGUGGUAUAAUCGCAGCAGUUUUCAUAAUCAAAAUGCAAUCGAAGAUUUCACAAAUUCUAGCGGCGCGCGUUCAGACCGCUAUGGCCAGGAUUUCAGCUUGUUCAGCGCCUAUGCCAACAAUAAAACUUUCAUGAGCUCGCUGCAGCCAGCUGUGGAAAAGGACGGACUCAACUACACGGAGCCAAAGUAUUAUUUGGGCGAUCUCAUACCGGGCACAUAUUGUUCACGCAUUUUCAGCGAUUGUGACAGGAAGACAUGCCGUCUGCAAUCGCCCAACUUCCCUGGUAUUUAUCCGCGCAACCUGACAUGCUACUACGCCGUUCGACAGCAUGAGGUGCCGCACGGCAAACACGCAAUGAUACUUGUGAGGCAAUUAAAAGGAAAUUUAGUAUGGAUAUCCACUCAAGAUACAGGAAUCGGCAACAAAUCACCGCCUAGCACUAGCGAAAAGGAUAAGAAAUUUGAGCCUCGUCUAAAAACAUGGAGUGAAUGCGACAAUGUUCAGGACCACUUGAGGCCCAAAUGGAAGUCAACGGACUACGUGACGGUUUACGAUGGCUAUACAACACGUGACCCAGUAGUGUUGAAGUUUUGCGGCGGCGGGCAAGCGGUGCCGGCAGCAGUGUCCAGUGGACCAGAGUUGUUAGUGGAAUUUACAACUUCGCCCUUUGGCACAUUCACAGGCACAUCUUCACAAGUGUUGCCGCUUUACGGGUUUCAGUUAGACGUUGAAGUGGUUUUCGUCGAUGUAAUGAGUCCCACGUAUUCGAAGAACAAAAAACCGUGUGAGUUUUGGAUACGCGGUGCUGGACGUGGUAUACUUGAAAACCCAAAGCAUUCACUGGCACCAAACACCACUUGCCUUUAUCAUUUGCAAGGCAUGGGAGUGUUUAAAACUUUCGAUCAUCUGAGCUUGUCGCGCCGAACAAGUGCACAAGGUAUGAACCAACCGCUCUCCCGUUUCAAGGUGUGGAUUUCGAUGAUGAAAUUCAACCUAGAUCCUGAAUUCGGGCAGAUGGAUGAGACAUCAGUAGGCGCGAUUGGCGUGCUGCAAACACAUGAGGAUUGUAGUGGCAUGCUACGCAUCUGGGACGGCGCUUUAAGGGAACCACCGGCAUGUAAAGAUCUUAACUGUGCUAGCGAUGUACCUACACACCCGUUAGUCUCACAUUAUAGUCACAAUUCGACAAAUGUUAUUGCACGUUAUUGCCGCGGUACUGUACCACGCACUUGUGAUCGUUCGAAUAUCAACGAGACUUAUGCGCGGCCAUGCACGAUAUCCGAAAGUUAUGUGUCAAGCAGCGAUAGCAUAACACUUGAACUGAAGAACACAGAGUCUACUGUGUUGCGUCCACUGGAAUUCAAAUUGAAGUACGAAUUCAUCGAUCUGCAUCAAGACGGUCUUCCGCUAGCUGGCGGCGAGAACGAUUGUAAUCGUAAAUUCGUCAGCAGCCUUAUGGAUCGGAAAGACCCAGCCAUCUUUCGCAGCGUGCGCAAUAUAUUCCUGUUUGGGCGUGGCGGUACACGAAACUUAAAAUGCAUUUACAAGUUUGAAGGUCAACGAGGUGAGCGUAUACGCAUCAAAUUACGAAAAGUUACCACACUAAAUAGGCCAUGCAUGUCGCGGGUAGAUGAGGACAUAAAUCGUUCCUUCUGCUAUGGCGAUACUAAUGCUCGCAUCGAGAUAUUUGAACGUCCCUACCACGACUCGAUUUUGUUGCCACGCGGUUGUCUAUGCAACUCCUCGAACUCGUCACAUCUACCUGUAGAGUACACUUCAACCAGUCGUGAUCUCGAAGUCCACUUUACUGCGAUAAAUAUGACUACACUUGACGAUCCGGAUGCCAUCAACUUCGAGGGCAUGUUUGAAUUCAUUAAAGGACCAGCAAGCUGCAAAGAUGGGCGACGCAAGUUCGGCCCCAGUGGCACUAUCCACAUGACAUUCGGUGAUAUGGAAUGCCGCACGCGACCUUGGUUAAUAGAACCAUCCAAUGGUAACAAAUUUCUAUACGUGCGCCUCAAAUCAAUAUUUUUGCGUAAAUACAAUCCCAGAAAAGCAAUGAAUACAACCAUAGUGGGUACCAGCUCUUAUCGAUGCGAAACAAAGGCGCGAGUUGUGCUUACAACUUCUGAAGGUUUGACUAUAACGGCGUGUCCGCUCUCACCCGAUUCAAAGGCCUACGAGUUUGUGGAAAUUUUUAGCGCUGGCUGGAAUGAGCGACCCAUUUACUCAAUUGCGAAUCGCUCAAAAGCCAUUAGUGUGGAAUAUCUACGCCCUGAGAAUGGAGAUUUUACAUUUAAUUGGAUGGAAUUGGUUCCUAGACCAAUAUUAAGUAUUGCAGAAGACUGUCAGUACAAGUGUUCCGAGCUCGGUGCUUGCGUCAACGCGAGCGUUUGGUGCGACGGCAUUGUACACUGCCCUUCCGGAGACGAUGAGACUUUCCUACAGUGUUCGGCCAUUAUGAAACUGCCCACUGAGAUAUUAGCCACCUUGUGUCUCAUCAUUGUGUUGCUGUGCUGUGCGUUUGCCGCCUUCGCAUACAAACAUUUUGCUUUCCAUUGCAGGAAAAUCAAGCGCAAAUUUCGUGGAUCAUCGGUGCUGCAGACGCGCCUGAAAUCAUUGAGUUCUAUGGAUACUGCUGUACUGGAAGAGAAGGAAGUAAUUUGCUGACAAAACGACAAUUCUGUGCGAUAUGUUGAAAUCGAUCGUGUGACCACAGUCUGACCACUUUCGAUCGCAACUUUCAAAUUCGUGCAGAAUUGUGCCCCGGAACUAUUCAAAACGAUGCCGACAAUGGCGAAGACACGAGUAUUCGUUUAAAUGCGAAGCUACAAACAAACCACAAAACUCAUGCGAGUAUGUGUUCGACCCGAUUCACCUGUUUUAUGCAUUUGAAUUUUAUUCGAAAAUUUCGUAUGUAAGUUUUUACCCGUCAACAAAAAUUUCAUAUUACACAACUCUAGCUCUCGUCUUUACGCAAUGAUCUCUAUUUUCAAUAUAAGAAAAGGCAAAAAUAUACUUUUUUACAACUCAUUUUAAGCCGAAAAUUAAGACAAGGAUCAAACCCAGCAAAUGUUUUAUAUAAAUAAGCGCAUACGUGUGUACAAUAUGUAAUCCUAGUCUAGCUAUGUAAAAAUGUACUGUGCAAAUGUCAUUUAUGAAUGUAUGUGUGUAUGCACACACGACUCGAAAAGAAGCUUUAAUCAUACUAAAAAUUGUGGGUUGUUUGUGUUAUAUACUUAAUCCGUGUAAUAAUCUUAUUGAUUUUCAAAUUGAGUUAACAUUUAGGUUAGGAAGCUUUUGCUUUGACUGAGAAGCGGUGCUGGAGGGGUUCAAUAAAACCCGGUAGUCAAAAAUUAGACACCUUUCAGAUCGCUUUUUAAAUUACCAAAAAGUGAUAGGUAAUUCUGAGAAUACUUAUGGCAAGAGCAAUCCGAAAUACAUUCAUUAUUCACGCUGCUAUCUAUUUAUUUUCUUUCACUUUGUAUGUUUGAAAUCUACUUGUAUUUCAUCGACCUUUUUUUUUGCAGCAUCUUUUAUUAAAUCAAAUCAAGUGCGUCGUUUCGCUUUUCAAGUUCAUUGGAUGAUAUUUCCAAUUACCAAUUAAAUAUAUUUUGAGCUUAAAUUAAUGGAUCCAAAAUUUUUUUUUGAUGUUUCUGAAAAAAGGUCAAUGCAUUGAAAUUAUAUUGUAAAAUGGGUUUUCAGAUUCUAUUAGUAAAUACAAAUAUAACUUAAUCGAUAUUAACUUCUAUUUCACAACUUUACUAGUCUGUUUUCUUCAAGACUUUGCGCUAAUAAUGUUUACAAACACCCAUAUCGAUUCUUUGCUUUAGUGAAGACUAUGCAACAAUUUUUGGGAAACUAAUCAGAAAUGCACCUCAGACUUUUUUCCUAAAAUGUAGCCAGAGUUGUUCCGCUUUCAGUUGAAAGAGGAGGUAGUUGAAUUUGAGUAAAGAUAUUUGAAUUAUUGGCUUGAAAUUAUGGACCAAGUUUUUAAAAUUCUGCCACUCUAGACAAUGCAACAGUCGGAACCCCUGUUAGGUUUGUUAGACCUUUCGUUUGAGAUACUGGAAAUUCUUGAUAUAACGUCGAAGAUGGUAAACUAUUCCAAAAUGUAAUACAAAUUGAACAUUGUCACCAUCCAUACUAAUAUCUGGGUGAAUACAAAUUUUAAAUUUGUGUGAAAAUAAAGUAACGCCUAUGGAAGAGGUUUUUCGUGAAUCGUCUUUUUAACAUAUUUAGGUUUCUAUUUCUUCUCAAUUCAAUUAGAGUAACUGCUCUCCAAGACAAUCUUUCAAAGGAUCGUGUUGCUCUAAUAUUCUUUCUGGUCUUCCUGGACCAAUUUUAGUUGCUCUUCUUCUAAACUAUAUCCAGAGGAAGAUUAAAUAAAUUUAUAUAAUUUAGCACAAUAAAAAAAUCCGAACUAUACAAAUCAUACUUACAUACACAUAUUAAUAUUAAGUAGUGAUAACUAACCUCCGGACUUUGAAAAUGUAACGCUAACCCAUUGUGAGGUCACAUAAGUUUUAGGAACUCGUAAAUAUUCCCAGCAUUUAUUAUGCGACGCACAACAUAAACAAUUAAUAGAAAUGUUAGUAAGCAAAGCAGAAAAUAGUAAUAAAUAUAAUAAAUAAAAACAAAAUAAUCAGAUACGAUUGCCCUGGUGCUAAAAAGAAAGAAGCAAACUAAAAAAAUAGAAUUUAAAUGUAAGGAUUGCCUACUAUUGAAAAUAUUAAACCGUUAUUUGCGUUAUCAAUUUGAAAGUGCAAAAGCAAGUUUUGCAAGAAAAAGUAGGCAAUAAAUGCUUUUCGAGAAAUGGAAAAGUUUUCAAAUGAAAAAGCAAAUGAGGUUCAAAUAAUAUUUCAGAGUGCGAAUAUUUUAAUAAUGUAUGAAUGUAUGGGAGUGCGCUGCAAUAACCACAAGUAAAAAAUAUUUAGACCAAGUUCUGGAGGAUUACUAUAUAUACCUAUGUAUGUAAGUAGACGUGAGUGAUGUGUGUGCAGCCUGUGAAAAAGACUUUUAAUUGUUGUUCUAGUGAUAAGAUUUAUGAACUAAAACCAAAAAUACUUGUAUCGAUGUAUUUAAAAACUAUAAGUAUAAUUUUUUAAGAUGAAUCACGCAUUGUAGCUCCUCUAAGUUAUAUAAGAAGUCAUGAAAUCACGGUAUACUAAGUAGAAGACCAUUUAUAUACAUAUACUACAUAAAAACAGAAAUACCAUUAUAAUAACAACAUUAUGGUUCGCCAAAGCUUGAAGCGUAGGGAAAUCACAUACAAAUAGAAAAGCGAGAGAUACACUACUUUAAUGAGGUAUCUGCUAAAGGCCUUGUCAAGAAUUUGCUAAAAAAAAUUUCAUUGGAUAACUUUGUUGUUGUUAACAAAAUUUUUUGAAAAUUUAACUACAAGUUCGAACAGCAAAUGGGCAGAUGAUAAGCAAAUCAAAGACGUCUAAUUUUGGAAAAGAUUUCGGCGAAUAAAAGGCCAUAAACACAUAACUGCCAAAUUAAUGUUUGUUGUACAUAAUUGUUUUUGCUUUUAUUGAAAUUUUUGAUAAACUGCCAAACCCAUUAAAAACAAUUAACAAUAAUUCUUCUUAAUUUCGAAUUUUAACCUCUUCUUUACUAAUAUUACACUAUUGGAGUUCCAUGUCCAAAACUAAAAUUAUAUAAACAUAAAUGGAAUAAAAAUAUUGAAUUUAGAGCAAAAUCAUUUUAAAAAUUAUCAAUUCAUAUUUUUUCUAUGUAUAAUUUCGACUUUCAACCAAAAGAGUAUUUCAAAUCAGAAAAAUAUUUCGCCAAGUGUACUACAUUUUUGUGUUAUAGUUAAAAUAACAUUAAUUAUUAUUAUUAUUACUGGUUAAUAGAUCCGAUCACAAUAGCUCUCCCAAAAGUAUCAUAAACAGCAAUGCUGAUAUGGAAGACUUAAUUAAGACUCUGUCUGAAAAGCCCAUAUAGGCUCGAUCGAACACGAUACAGCCGAUAAACAAUAUUUGGCGAAAAAGAUCAGUACGUCAAGAAAAACGUAUUUAUUCCAUGAGAAAAAUUGACAAAAAAUUGGGACAACUAAUUUCGUUUAA